AUGGACAACGACGACGCUAUAGCCAUAAUAGGUAUUGGAUGUAAGUUUCCCGGAGCUGACAAUCAAGAGGAAUUUUGGCAAUUAUUGGUGAAUGGCGAGAAUCAUGUUAUUGAUAUACCAUCUGAACGGUGGAACAAUGAUGCAUUUUAUAGCAGCGACCCAGACACAAAAGGAAAGACAUAUAUUCAAAGGGGAGGAUUUCUGAAAAACCAUGACGAAUUUGAUAACAAGUUGUUUGGGAUAAGUGACCUUGAAGCAGAACGAAUGGAUCCUCAACAACGAUAUGUGCUUGAAUGCGUCCAUAUGGCUUUGGAAGAUGGCGGCCUCACACGAAAUAUGAUGAGUGGAUCAGACACCGGAGUUUUUAUUGGUUUUAUGAAUGAUGAUUACAGAGGUGUAGCCGAUGACGACCUUACAACAAUGACAAACUACGAUAUAACUGGAAAUCCUCCAAGCAUUAUUUCCGCUCGUGUAUCAUAUGUUUAUAACUUGCUAGGACCAUCAAUGUCAAUAGAUACGGCAUGUUCAUCUGCCUUAGUUGCAAUCGAUGUUGCUGCUCAGAGCUUAUUAAUGGGGCGCAGUUCAAUGGCUAUCUGUGGAGGGGUAAAUAGUAUGUUAUCGCCGUCAAUGUUUAUAGCACUCAGCCGAGCGAGAAUGGCAUCACCAAGUGGACAAUGCCAUACAUUCUCAUCAAAUGCAGAUGGAUAUACUAGAGGGGAAGGAUGUGGAAUAGUUAUAUUGAAAAAAUUAGGACAUGCUAAAAGAGAUUCAAAUAAAAUUUGGGCAACAAUUGCUACUGAUUGUAACCAAGAUGGCCACACAGCGACCCCAAUAACAGCUCCUUCUGCUAGUCAACAAGAAAAUCUUCUUCAUAAAGUUUAUUUAUCAAAUAAUGUAAAUCCUCAUGACGUACAAGUGAUAGGAGCGCAUGGGACAGGAACACCGGUUGGAGAUCCGAUAGAAGCGAAUACGUUGGGCAGAUUUUUUGGAAAAAAACCAAACGAUCAAUCUGUAGAGAAACAUGUUGUUUAUAUAGCAUCUGUAAAAACUAAUAUUGGUCACUUAGAAUCAGCAGCAGGGGCAGCUGGGCUAAUUAAGGUCUUAUUAAUGAUGAAAAACGAAACAAUUGUUCCCUCUCUCCAUUUUGAGAUGCCUAAUGAAAAAAUAGAUUUUGAGAAGUAUCACUUUAUUGUUCCAACACAUACUAUUCAAUGGAAACCAGAUGUAAAUAAUCAGCGAAUGGCGUGUGUUAACAGCUUCGGAUUUGGUGGAACAAACUCACAUGCGAUAGUAAGGCAGUUUCAGCAGGAGAAACGCCGUCAGGAGGAACAUCAAGACAUGUUACAACUAGUGUUUAUUUCCUCGGUAGACCUAGACGGACUCAAGAUAUCCUUAUUUGAAAUGGUAGAAAAGAUCACUAGUAUCGACAUUCGUUUGUGUGAUAUCUCAUACACAUCUCUAUGCAGACGAGACCAUCAUCAGUAUCGUAUAGCUAUUGUUGCCAACAGUUUAGACGAUCUGAAAUAUAAAUUAAGAAACCGACAAAAUUCAAAUGAACCGACAUCAAAAGUAAGAUUGAGAGCACCAAACAUCAUUGCUGUCUUUUGUGGUGUAGGGACGACAUGGAAGGGAAUGUGCAAACAGUUGUUGAAAGAAUAUACUGUAGUAAAAGAAGUAGUACAACAAAUUGAUAGCAUCCUUAAUCAGUGGGUUGAGUUGUCAAUUUAUGAUAUCUUAGCUAAUGGCAAAGAUAUUUCUGAUCCUUUUACUGGACAUAUAGCUAUUUUUACAUGUCAGAUAGCCCUUUGGUCCCUUUGGAGGCACUGGGGGAUAAAGGUGGAUGCAAUUAUUGGUCAGUCUGUUGGGGAAGUUGCUGCUGUGUAUGCUGCAGGUUGCUUGACAUUGGAAAAUGCAGUUGCGGUGAUAUAUCACAGAUCAAGAAUACUAUCAACUGUUACAGGAGGCAAAAUGUUUGUCAUAGGAAACUGUAACACGAAAUACAUCGAGUCUGUUUGUAGCAAAUUUCAAGGAAAGGCCUGCAUUGCGGUUUAUAUAAGUUCUACAUCUUGCACUGUAUCCAGCGAUGCUGAUAUCGUUGAUGCGUUUAAAAAAGCAGUAAAAGAUGGAUUACCCAAGGCUGAACAAGAUACAUUUUGGCUGACAGACUUAAAUGUACAAUGCGCUUAUCACAGUCAACACACAGAUCAAGCAGGAAAAGAUUUAGAAAAAAUCGUUAAACAUUUUGUAAGUUCUGAUCCUUCCAUAUCCUAUAUUUCAACAGUAACUGGCGAAACAAUAACUGAUGGCAAUGUUAUUGAUGCUUUCUAUUGGAACAAAAAUGUAAGUUGUCCAGUUUUAUUCAAAGAUGCAGUGUCCACUGCCGGAAAGAUGAACACGUUUAACAUAUUCCUUGAGAUAGGACCAAAACCGGUUUUAAGGGCUCAUCUUCAAGACUCUUAUGCACACAAUGAAGCAAUUUGCCUUCCUUCGAUGAAAGAAAGACACGAGGAAGACACUUUGUUAACGUCACUUACAGAAUUAUUCGAGCAUGGAAUUGAUUUAGAUUGGCACAAAGUGUGUAAAAGACAAGGUAACUUAUGUGAUAUACCAAAGUACAAAUUCAACCCGAAAAGAAAGUCAUUAUUCAUAUCAGAUGUUACUCUUUUGAAACAUAAAGGAUUAUACCCUAAUGUAGGAAACCAUUUGUUUGUUUCGAAAUCGCCUAUUUCAACAGCAAAUUUUAAAGUAAAAAUAAACGAUGUAGUUACACCAUUUGUGUUUGAACACUUUGUAUCAAACACUCCGAUUGUUCCUGGUGCAUUUUAUGCCGAGGUGGCUCUUGAAGUAGGACAAUCACAUCUACAAAGAAGAGUUCAAGAUAUCUGUGUUGAAAUAGAAUUCAUUAGACCAAUAUUUCUAUCUCCUGGUCAAGCGUACACUGUAGAUGUAUCAAUCGAUGAUUUAUCAUCGAAAUCACCAAUCUUUUUGUUAACGAAGGACAAGGAAAUUAUAUCCAAAUUUACAAUACGACACAUAGAAGAGCGAACAGAAAGAGAACAUAUAGAUAUUGAUUGCAUAUACAAAGUUUGCCCACAGUUCCAAUCAUCAGAAGAUAUUUAUGAUUCACUGAACAACAUGGGUUUCUCAUAUGGCAAAAACCUACAAAUUCUUGGGGAUUCAUGGAAAAAUGGUAAGCAAUGCCUUGUUCAAAUGCAUGUAUCAGAUGUAAUCUGGAGUGAUGUAAAGAUGACCCAUUUCCAUCCAGCUAUAUUGGACGGUCUUAUUCAAACGUCAAGUGUUUUGUUUUUAGACGCCUCUGAUGAAAUUACAGUCUUACCGGCGGGAAUAGGGAAACUGAUCCUGAGGCGAGGGAUCGAACGAGCUAUGAUUGCGUAUACUGAAUUGAAGCAUCGAUCCAAAUCGGAAGUUCUUUACAAUAUGUUGUUGUUGACUGUGAAUGGUAAUAUCAUCGCCGAAAUUGAAGACUUAAGGCUAAAAAUUAUUGGCGAUGAGUUGUCUAAUACCUCACAGGAGUACACAUUGACGUGGGAAAAUAUUCAAUUAAACCGUCUAUCUAAAAAUACGGAUCGAGAAAAAUUGAAAAAGAGAAUACUCCUCUGUUCUUUUGAUAGACAAAUAUUGUGUCAGAUAACGGACAUCCCAGACAUAGAAGUAAAAUCCCUUUUGCUGAAAGAGGAAUCAUCCCUCAGUUCACAAAAAGAUGUAUUCAGUUCUUUUUUGAAAGAAAAUCCAGGGUUUGUAGAAAUCUACUUUGCACCAGGUAAACAGAUUACAGACUUGAUUUCGGGAUCUGACCUUUUAGAGACAAUAAAUACAUCCUGUGUAGUCUUACUAGCUAUUGUACAGUGUAUUACAGACAGUAAAGAUGAGGCAUUUAUUACAGUCAUCACAGAAGCUACCCAGGUACAUGAUAUUAGUUCUUGUUCAUAUGUAAAUCUGGUUGGUUCCGAACUCUGGGGACAGGUACGAUCGAUCAUACGGGAACAAAUAUCUUUUGAUAUUCGUUUGAUUGAUUGCCAUCCAUCUAUCAGUGAGACUAUGGAAUUCAUUUCUCAACUUUUGAUCGACGAAAGCAUACCAAAAUACGGGGAGUUGAUUUUUGAUCAAGGAAAAUUGUUUACAAAUCAUCUGCAGAAAAAAAAUUCUGACAAACCAAUAAGUAAAUAUCGAUAUGGGAGCAUUGAUGAUUACUGUAAAGUGGAAAUAAAAACUGAAAUAGCAAAUGAUAUAAGGCAGACAUAUUGCGUUUUACAAAAUGGUCCAGAAGAAAUUUCAAAGAACUAUAUAUCAUUGUGUCUUCACGAAGUAUCAUUGCACAGCAAAUGUUUGUACCCAGUUACCUUACCAUGUGUAAAUCAUGAUCAGACUUUCUUUGCUUUCCAAGAGAUUGGGUGUUCUGAAUUUGAUUUACUGUCAUAUGAAUCAACUGCGACAAUACAAGAAAUAUCCAAAUUAACUCCAAUCACGAAAUCAAAUGCAGCAUCUGAUAAUAAAAAUAUGUUCGUUGCAUGUUUUCCUAUGAGAGUGCAGAGUAUAGUUGAAGUUCCACAAACAACAAUUUAUCCCUUACAACAACUGCCAGGUUAUAAACCAGGUGUUAUAUUCGUUAGUUUUCUAAUGUACUCAUUGGUUCAUCAUGUUGAAAAAGGAAGCCAUGCACACAUAUUAUGCGAUUUAGAAAAUGAAUUUACAGGUAAAAUACUCCAAAUGUUCUUGACAAAAUUUAAAAGAUCAAGUUCUAGACUACACGUAGGUACCAAUUGGAAUUUAGAUUCAUUUAAUACAGUCUUCAUGUUGAAAACAAUGAUUCCUAAAGAUAUACUGAAAUUAAUAGAGAUGAGGUUUACGGGCCUAGUUAUAGCUCUUUCUCCUUUUCUGAACCAAGAUGCUCGACUUAUUCUGCAAAUGAACAAUGUUAAAGUUCAAGUGAUACAAAUUGAUGACGUCUUAUCAAAAGAAAAUUUUGUAAAAUUCGCUCCCGUGGUCUUCAAGUUUUGGAAUAAGCACAGUCUAAAUGUUGAAAUAUUCAGACAUGAGAAUAAUGAAAUCAUCCAACAUCGCAAUAGACAACAUGAAUCUAAUGGUAUUCUAAAGGUCCCGACCAACACGUUGUCCAUGAAAUUUGAUAACAUUGGAAAAUACAACUACGUUAAAAUACCUCAACACUAUUUGUUCAGAAAAGACGGUUGUUACAUUGUCAUUGGUGGUUUAACCGGUUUGGGAUUGGAAAUUGUAUAUUUUGCUGCAGGUCACGGAGCUGGUGAGGUAAUAAGUUUGUCACGUCGAAAUGUUUCUAUUCAACAGCAGAAUAAAUUUGACAUGCUAUCGGAAAGUACCGGAUGUCGUAUUCGAGCAAUGGUAGCAGAUAUAACUGUUUGGGAUGAUGUACAGAAAGUGUUUUUUGAUAUAGAGCAGAGCUCACAAUGUAAAAUCAAGGGCAUUUUUCAAGGUGCCGGUAUAUUGAAAGAUACUCUUAGUUCUAGAAUGAAAGAAGUCCAUUUAAAAGAUGUACUAAAACCAAAAGUACUUGGAACCUGUAACCUUCAUUUGGUAUCAAAAAAAUACCCUCUUGAUUAUUUUGUUAUGCAUUCAUCCAUGACAUCAGUGAUGGGAAACAUAGGCCAGAGUAAUUAUGGAGCUGCCAAUGCUUUUAUGGAUUGCCUUGCGCACUACAGGAGAUUGAACGGACUGAGUGGACAAAGUUUAAAUUGGGGCCCAUUAGAUGUAGGUAUGCUGAAGGAUCAAGCAAAUAUUGAAGAAAUAUUAAAACAACAAGGGUAUUUUCCGUUGAAUGUUCCCGACAUUAUGAACUGUCUUCAGAAAAACCUUCACAGUACCUCAAUCCAAGUGACUUUAGGAAAUUUUGAUUGGAAUUUAAUAGGGACAAAUUUGAAAUCAAUGAAAACGGAUUAUGUUCGACAAAGAUUUCAUAAUUUAUAUAGUCAUGAGAUAGAAACUUAUAAAAAUUCGCACAGUCGAGUUGUUAAUGACGAACUGAUUGAAAUUACAAAAGCACUAGGACAUGAAAGGAUGGAAAAAAUUGCAAAGGUAGUCUUCAGGGUGGCGAGCGAGGUAUUCACAUUAGAUAUAGACAUUCUACAAAACGAAACACUAGUGCAGGAAUUAGGAAUAGACUCGAUGCAGUCCAUGUCAUUUGUUAAUGCAAUUUACAACAUAACUGGCGUCAGGAUUCCUGCUGUCACACUGAUGUCAGAUGAAAUAUCAUUUGAAAACAUAAUUUUGAUUUUGAAUUCUGAAAUUUCAGAGAGCGAACAUUUGAUGCCAAUCAAAUCAAUUGUGGACAUUUCGAUUGUUCAAUCAAUGACCCCUAUGGAAAAAAAGUCAUAUGAUGCUUUUUUGUUCAACUCGGAGGACCCGACAUUAUUUAUUUAUGUAGAUCUUGAAGUAUCUGGUCGUCUUGUAAAUCCUGAUGUAUGGAAAUACCUCCUUUUUCAGCUCCAUGCCAAGCAUAAAGCAAUAAGAACUAUUUUCCUACCAAACCAAAAAGGAAUUAGAUAUGGAAUACGAAAACAUACAAUGGAUCCAGACGAAGGUACUGUCGAUUUCAUUGAAGUUCCAUUGAAAGCUUUAGACCAUGUCAAUAAAAUUCCUUCAGACAUUAAACCAUACCUAUUUGACCCGUCAAAAGAAUUACCAUUGAGAAUUAUAUUUGCUCGGAAUGCGAACAAAUGUAUCGUUCGACUAGUUUUUAAUCAUUUAUCAUUUGACCUUACGUCAAUUAUGAUUGUAGUAAGAAGCAUUUUAGACAUAGAUCAAUCCGAAUCAAGUGAUGGUAAUUAUUCUUUAGACAACGUUGCUGUACUAUAUGAGCAAAAAUUUCAACCACAGAAAGACGAACUUAUAAGAUUUUGGAAACAUCAAACACCCGCCGUUAUAUUGCCAAUGUCAUUUAAGGGUAGAUCAGGAAUAGAUUUGAAUCCAAAGCAGUUUGAUUUUACCAAAAUCACAGUUGACCAAGAUAUUGCACUAGAAUUAACAAAAUGUUUGAAGAAGCAAAACGUAAAACUAUUUGUGUUUGUUGUCAGUUUAUAUCAAAUCCUACUUUCCACUGAAUUGAAAAUAAAAACAGUAUCCCUUUUUGGAACGGUCGAUAUGCGAAUACAUUUUCCUGAAUUGAAAGAAACUAUCUGUGGAUUUACAAACCAUGUUCCAUUUUACGCAAACGUCGAUCAUUCGGUAAAUUUGUCUUUUUUCCUCGGUGAGAACAAGCGAACAAUUGCAAGUGCUAUUGAAAACAGUUUACUACCAUGCGAUAAAAUUGUCGAGUUCUUAACUAACAUAAAACCCGAAGACGUAUUUAGACACCUAAUCAUUAUGGAAUCUAUUAAAGACUUUGGAGAAAGCCAGAAGAUUACCAAUGACGUUACGAUAAAACGUAUUUGUACUGGUAACUACAACAAGGAAACAGUUCUAUUGGUAUGGCAUGAUUUGGAAAAAGGCCAACUAGAUUUCGAGCUAGGUUACAGUACACUGAUGCUAGAUGAAACAAGAGCAAGACAUAUUUUGAAUAUGCUUUAUCAAUUUGUGCAGCACGUAAUUAAACAUCCAGAUUGUACGACAGGGUCUUUGAUCAAUCUAACAAAAAAGGAUUGCAUGAAGACUACAGGUACUAAACAAAUGAUGAAAACUCCUUUAUCAGAUAGAAAACGCGCCAUGGAUACCACAACAAAGAAUGAGAUUGAUACUAUACAUGUCAACUAUAGAAGUCAAACUUCUCUAGCUAUAAAGAACCAAGAUUUACAUAAAGUUAUUGGUCAAUUUAUGAAGCAGACAACACAUGGUUGGGAUCACCAAGUGACAAUGUCAAUCAAAGAAGAGGAAAACGGGCGUACCUUGAACUGGGGAUUCUUGGAAAAGACAAUGACGAAAUCCUUAUCAAUGAGUACCAUCGAAAAAGUAGAAACGACUGAAACAAAUGGUAGAUACUGUAUCCACAUCCAUGCAAACCACAGAGUUUAUAUCUUCAAGACAGCUGACCUAAAGUUAUAUGAGCAGUUCACAUAUGAGUUAAGAAAUACUGACUAUGACUCAAUUGUAAUGGAAAAUGAUAGUUUAUUGUUCUGAACAUUUUUUAUAUAAGACAUAUCGUUUCAAUAUGGUAAA